CGGAGAGCGGCGGCCCCGGUUGCCGGGCCCUCUAGGUGCCGCGACUCACCUGGACGGCUCGGAGGCAGGAGACGCAGGGUUCGACCCCCUGGGGCUGGGAAAAGAUCCGGCGACGUUUGCAAGGUACCGCGAGGCGGAGCUGCUCCACGCGCGCUGGGCCAUGUUGGCCGUCAUCGGCUGCCUGGUUCCGGAGCUCAUAUCCCUGCUGGCCCCGGAGGAGGUGGCAGCGCGGCUGGGGGAGCCGGUGUGGUGGCGCGUGGGAGCCGCCAAGCUGCGUGAGGGGCUCACGAUCAACUGGGGCGGCAUCGAGGGAUUCCGGCUGGCUGGCAAGCAGGGCGUGGGGCUGAUUGCGGCAUGCCAGGCGGUGCUGAUGGGAGGCCCGGAGUAUGCGCGCUACGUGGGUAUUCGCUCGCUGGAACCUGUUGGGGUGUUCCUGCCGGGGGACCAGAACUACCCGGGCGGUGGCCCUUUCGACCCGCUCAACAUGGCGGAGGAUGCGGAGGGCUUCGUGGACCAGGCCGUCCGCGAGGUCAAGAACGGCAGACUGGCGAUGGUUGCCAUGCUUGGCAUGUUCGUUCAGGCAGCCGUGACGCGACAGGGGCCCGUACAGAACUUGCUGGACUUCGUCGCCGAUCCUAUUCACAAUAAUGCAUUUACGCGCUUGACCGAGUUGCUAAGUGCCUGCUCGGCUGCUGAACCCUAGCCGAAAACCUACUUGCUGCUCCUUGGCUCCGAGCCAUGCCGAAACCGUUGCGAACUCUGCAAAAGUGGCGCUCUGCAAGGGAGGCCGAAGGAAAGGGUGUUGAGCAUGCGGUGAUGUGACAGUCACUGUGUCUUAGCUUGAGUUUUUGGCAUUACCACUUGGUAUAAUACAAAAGGCUUUAAGUUUGAUAACAAAAUUUGAUUUCUGUACCGCGCCUUGUACCUAUGCCUGUUUACAUGUACGAAGACACUUUACGCAACGCGGAGCCCGAAGAUGUUUUACGACACGCUCCGCACUGUGAGCUGUAGGGUAUGACGAUCCAGGUUACUGUGUCAAUUUGUGCUAUAAUCGGGUGUUGUCCCGAGUCACUGUUUCAUAUGUUCGGUAUUUGUUGCCCGCUCACGUGAUACGCUUCCUUUUCCUGCACAAGGAUAACAUAGGUAGGAACAGGUCCUCUUAAUUUUGGGCGCAUAGUUAUGUAACCUGCUAUGGUCGACGGGCAACAAAAUUGCAGCUCGCAUACGUUUGCUACCCAGGUUACAGGCUUAUAGCAAUCACCUCCCGCUGUAGAAGAUGGCCGCUAUCUACUUACAAAUUUACACGCUUUAUGAAAAAUAGUAGGUAUAGCCUUAGCGGGUCCUGUCGGCAGCGUCCCCUUUUAGCCGACCGGUAGCCGACCCUCGUAGCAGCUGCAAGCUGCAUGCCGCUCUACCCAUGCCGACAACAAAGCUACUUAUUAGUAGCCAAGGUGUUGAUGAAGCCAUUGAGGGUCUGCUUGCGCUUCAUGGAGCGCGUUGUUACGGCUCAUUCAGGCAUCAUUGCCCAACUCUGGGUGCCUCCAGCGCCAGCACCGGCGCACAGCACCAACAACAAUAUUCUCUAUCAAACGCGCCGUGCUCCAUCAACCGACCAAGCUGCCAGCUCAGUCCACCCGAGCAGCCUGAUGCUGACAUGUUCAUCGAGUCGGAGGGCGCGCUCGCACACCACUUCUCCUUUCUUCCCUCCGGCUCUCGGGGUCGACGCAAGUCUAACCUAGGUCCCACUCUACCUGUUUCCGCCACCGCCAGCGCCGAAGCCGAUGACACCCUCGCCUCGUAUUCCCGCAGUUGCAGUCAGGCAGCCGGCCCGGGCGCCCUCCUGCCAUCUCCAACGCCCUCAGCAGCCCAGCAAUCCACAGGGGCCCCAUGGAGGCAGGACACGCCGGCUGCCGUGCAACUACAAAGUUGCCCCUCCCAGUGCCGCCGUCACUCCGUCGCAGCAGCAGCAGCCGUCGCUGCAGUGCUAGCCACUCGAAGCAACUCCCGUACAUCUCUUGCGCAAGCGUCGAGUAUCGAUGGCGGCACUACCACUGGCGGCGGCUGCGGUACGGCCAGCAGCGGCGGCGGCGGCGGCGGGGGUAACUGCAGUGCCCCGGGUGAAUACAGCAGCAACCCGGGUAAAUGGUUGAGGCGCAACGCCUCGGCGAGGUAUACAUCCAUCAACGUCGCCUCUACCGCACCAGGUGGUGUCGUAUAUUCGGAGAGUCCGUUGGGAUCCGCCGAAUCCGCUUCCGUCGCCGUACGUUUCAUCGCAACCGCCGCUGACGUGGCUGACGUCGCUCCGGGCGUUACAAAGUACGACAACAGGACACCGUGGACGCCGUUAACAGCAUCCAAGCUUUUAUCGACCCCCGCCGAGGCGCCGACGUCACCGUACGACAACGGGCAAUACCAGCGCACCAUGACGUACGGCACAUCAUCUCGAAACAGCAUCCCUGUCAGCACAUCUGUGGUACUCGCGGCAUCAAUCACUUCAGAAAUGGCAGCUGCAGCUGCUACAGCAGCCGCUGCGGCGCGUGUCUCCGUCUCUGUGCCGCGCCGGUCGCGCAAGUCCUCAGCGUCCGCCGGCAGGAAUGACAGCCAGCCGUCUCCCGAGCACCGUGCAGCCUCACCGCUCCUAGGGCACCCCCCCAGCGCUCCCUCUCCCUCUGCCUCUGCCCUUCCGCCACCCCCGCCCUCACCCAGCUGCCAGCCCUCGCUUCCCGCUCCUCCGCUAGCACUUGUCCUCGCCAGCCCCACUCGCUUCUCCCGUGCAGCCUCGGGCACAGCCACCUCCGUCGCCGCCGGCGCCUACUCCGCCGCCGCCUCAGGCCCCGUGUGCCCAAGCCCUGAAGGCCCUGGCAGCGACUCCCUGUACGGCAUCAAUCACUACCACAGCAGCGGUCGCGGCGUGGUGCCUGGCGUCAGCGGGAGCCCCUCCAUCGGCACGCGCGCUAGCAACUAUCUCACCUGCCGCUCUACUCCCGUCGCUGCGCACCCCACCGGGUCGCAGUCUCUGGGGUGCCAGUCCAUACCUCUAGGCUCUGCACCUUCGCGUGUUGGCCUGGGAUCCUCUCCCGCCACCACUGGCACCGCCGCCGUCACGGCAGCGGCAGCGGCAGUGGCAGCGGCAGCGGCAGCGGCAGCGGCGGGGUCCUACAGCCGCGACAACAGCCGUAGUCACAGUCAUGUCCGUGCCGGCGGCGGCGGCGGCGUCGACGGCGGCGGCUGCGGCGGCGGUUCCCUCCACCAUUCGUCAGUAUCCGCCGUCGGCGCCUGGCACCUGCCACUCACAUCCGACGCCGGCGCCAUUCCCACCGUCCCCGCCACCUCCGCCGGUCGGUACUGCCAGUACGAUACUCCGCCGGCUCUUCCAGCUGACCCCGCCUUCCACACCACCAUGACAGCAACCCCAACCGCGGCUGCCACCAUCACAGCCAUUGCAGCAACCGGCACCGGACCCCACACACCCUGCCCUCCCCACUACAACUCCUCCUCCUGCGCCGCUGGCGCCUCUGGCGCCGGCAGGCCUAGCAUGGGCGGCGUCAGCGCCUACGGCGGCGGCGGCGGCAGCGGCGGCCGCCGCUUCCGUGGCGCGAGCUGUUUCAGCCCUCGCAUGCGGGCUUUCCAUCUGGCCUGGACGGCGCUGUGUCUAGCCUUCUUCUCCGCCUUAGCGCCGGCGGCGAUGCUGCCGGCGGCGGCGGCAGACCUGGGGCUGAGUAAGCCGGUGGUGGCGGCCGGCGGCGCAUGGGCUCUGGUGGCGGGGGUGCUGGCGCGGGCGCUCAUGGGCGUGUGGGUACGGCAGUACGGACCCCGGUACUGCCAGGCCUUCAGUCUGCUGCUGGCCGCCCCCGCGCUCGCCUGCAUGGCGCUUGUGUCCGGUGUGGCGGGUUUCACGGCGGUGCGGCUGGCGGCUGGCACCUGCCUGGGCGCCGCGGAGGUCAGCAGCUUCUGGGUACUCCUGAUGUUCGAUGCGCCCCGCUGGGCCUCCGCAGCCGCCCGCUGUGCCGCCUGGGGGGAUGCGGGCAGCGGGUUAGCGCUGCUGGUGAUGCCCCUGUUGUACAAGGCCAUGCUUGGAGUGUACGACAACAAUGUACGGAGCGCCUGGCAGAGCACGUUUUACUUCCCAGCCGGCGCGCACCUCAUGCUUGCCGCCCUGACGCUGCUACUGGGCCAGGACACCCCCCAGGGUGACCUGGUGGAUUGGGACUCAGAGGGCGAGAGCCAACACACCUCCGACUCCUGGAGUGCCCACCCCGCAUGCGGCGGCAGUACGGCAGGCGCUGCGGGCGCUACAGCCGUCGGCGGUUCGCCGUACUACGCGCACCACCAGCAGCAGUACAAUCCCUCGCAUCACCUAAAACACGCGGCGGAACACCAUGCGUACGAGUUUUACGAGUUUUCGACACGCUCGCGAAAGGAUGGUUCUACAGGUGCCGCUACGGGUGCUGCUACGGGCGUUCAUGUUGCUGGUGGUGCUGCUGGUGGUGCUACUGCUGCGGCUGGGCUUGGAAGAGGUCAUGAUGUUAUACUCAGCAGUAGCCGUGCAGGUGGUGGCCCUGCUAGCGCUGGUUUUAAUAAUUGUGCUACAGUCGUUCUUGGUGGCAGUGCCUGUACGACAGCCGCUACAGCCGCUACAGCCACGGGUAAGGGUGCUAAUGCAGCUGGCAUGGCUGCUACAGCCGGCGCUGCUGCUACCGCCGGGGGUCCGGCAGCCCUCACGACUCAUGGUUUCAUGGCAUGGAGUGCGGCUGUUCCCGCAGGCGGCGGCGCCACUAGCGGAGGGCCCUAUGAGCGCAGUCCCUCCCAGCAGCUGCAGCAGCUACAGCGAGUACGAACAGGCUCGACCAGCCUUCGGGGCUGGACACGGCCCUCCCUCUCCCUCCGAGGAGGAGGAGCAGGUGGCGGAGGCGGUGCUGGAGGUGGGGUAGCCAGCGGAGGCGGGGGUGUUGGCGGACGAGCAAGUCUGGACUUCAACGAGGGUCGGUUGAGCACCCACUCGCGGUCGUCAUGGCUGGGAUGGGGGAUGGGCUGGGGACGGGGAUCAUCGCUCGCGAGGUCGUCGGCAGUGGCGGCGGCGGCGGUGCUGGCGACAGGCGCUGCGUCGCAGCAGAGCCGCGGACCGGAACCGGUGGCGGAGGCGACGGAGGCAGCGCCGGCGGCGGCCGUUUUACGACAGCCGUACGUCAGCAAUGGCGGCGUCGCAGAGGGAGGCAGGGCUUUUACCCGUAGCAGUACGGAAAUGUACGGCACUUACGCGGCCUCCCGACGGAAGCGCUGGGCGUUGCAGAAUGCGUUAGGUGGCGGUUGGCGCGAUGCCGUACGGUUGUUGCGCAUCGCACUAACCAACAGUCGUUGCUUGCUGGUAAGCCUGAACUACGGCCUUAGUUUUGGAGCGCAAAUGGCGUUGUACAACAUAUUUUCGCUGUACCUCGUACAUCGGUACGACAUGGGCCUUGUGAGCGCCGGCGCCCUGGCUGCAAUGCCGGGCCUUAUGAAUGCGCUCAUGCGGCCCGUCGGCGCGUCGUUGGCCGGGCGGUUAAGUCGGUUGUACGGCAUGCGGUCCCGGCUGUGGCUGCUGUGGGCCUCUCAGUCUGCAGGCGGCGUGUGUUGCCUACUGCUAGGGCGCUGUGGCGAGGGCAGGUCGGGGCUGGCUGCUACGGGGGCGCUCCUGGCGUUGUUUGCAGCGGCCAUGCAGAUUGCGAAUGGUACGACGUUCACUAUCGUACCCUACGUAAGCUUCCGGGCUUUUGGUGCCGUACUGGGUGUCACCUCUGCGGGCGGCCAGCUAGGAGGCGCGCUGCUGCUGGCCGCCUUCUUCGCCUCACCCCGAAUGUCGUACGAAGGGGGCCUUCAGUGGACGGGUGUUGCCGUACUGGCUGCCUCCGCCUCGCUGCUUCUGCUGCGCUUCCCCAUGUGGGGCGGAAUGCUGGCGGGACCGGACCGGCGCUACGGCGGGGGCUUGCGGGAGGAGCAGUACUAUCUGUCGGAGUGGACCCAGGAGGAGCAGGCAGCUGGACUCGCAAAUGCCGCCGGCGCAUUCGCUGUGCGGGCCCGAUGCGAGCGUGGCGGCGGAUACCAAGUUCCGCACAACAAGUGACCCGUGGGUCUCAGGACUCUUUGAGAUGGGCGCUCCCUCUCUGAGGCCGUUUCCUAAUGUUUUGCGCAAGGUAGUAAGGCUUUACCCUUUUACCGUUAAAGGCAUGGAGGGAAGGGCUACUCCUUCCUGGCUGGCUAGGCUGUGCCCCUCCCCUGCGUCGCCUUCUUCUUGGCCUAGUGGGGUCUGUCGUAUAACUAGAGCUGUCUGUCCUAUUAAAUAAAGGGGUAGUGCACGACAGGAAAGAGCAGGGCGCGACGGGACGGCACGGCCUUUUCCUGGUCGGCUAGGUGUUGCAGUUAUCUGAAUUGCUUCUUCACUGCUGCAUGCAAUGUAUUGGCACGCUACAAUGUCAGUCAAUAUAAAGGACCCCAGGGGGAUCCCUCGAUAGUGCAUAUAGGAGGGGUGUAGAGGGUUUUUGGGAACCAUUGAUAACCGUUCGUACAGAAUGCGAGUGCAACAAUGAUUAAGGGUUUCUGGGGGCAUGUGUGAAAUGGGGCAAUGGGGCAAUGUGCAUUCACUCUUCAGCUGGGUAGCGUGGGGGCUUGCAGCCGUUUCAUUCCAUUGUGCCGUAUGCUUGCUGUGUAUGGUGGGUCCACUACUUAGGCACUGCGUUCUUUGCUAUGUUGCACGGAUCCCGGCAGACAGGGCAGUUAAGAGGGCUGGUUUUGAAUCGACGAAUUGUCCUGAAAGCGACUGGUGGUUGCUAGCUCAGCGCUGUCAGUUACAACUGACCCAGCCGAGCCGUGUGCUGGGGCUUUACUAAUGCCGCGCAACCGCGCAGACACAUUGACGGUUUUGCAAAUGCCACGGAGGGCACAGUGAAGAGCAGUGUCGAGCCAAAACGGUUAAGGGUGGGGUUGGCCGGGUGUACGGGACUGGCUGCUUGUUGGAGAGUGCAUUAUAAAAGGUAUUUGGUGUCCCCUUAGAAUAAAGGGUUGAAAAUUGCGGGCGAGACCAUGAUUCGCGUGUUUUGGAAAGACGGGGGAAUUCAGCGGUGUGUAUCACCUUUGAGAAUCGCUCAUGUGGGGGAUGUAUGCGGCAUUCCUGCUUGAUUGUUGCUGUUUGGCGUGCUAGAGCCGUGCACGUGCGGCGGCGUCAAUCGGCGGUAAGGGUGGAGUUGGUCGAUCAGGUAGGGGUGCGCUGUUAAAAGCAAACCGUAGUGAUUUGACGCAGUUAUGCCGGGUUCACAAGGGGCGGCUCAUGAUAUUAAGAUACGGUAGGUAAGUUUAGCGCUAUUUAUCCAUCUGGGGUUGCUAGUGGGUUUGUGCGUGCACCACCGGGCAGGGGCGGUGGUUUCCAAUGCGGGUCUUACAAGUGUCGACAUCUAAUUAUACAUGUGUUCAUUCACCUGUGAUUGUGUUGUGCGCUGCACCUGACGUUU